AUGGUAGUGUCUACAUGUACGAAGAGACGCCAUACAGCCGCCCAUUGGCUAGCUCAGGUGGCAAAACAUAAUUUCAUGGAUAAAGUUUGGUUGGAGGAUUCUCUUGGUUGUAUCCUACACUUUGGCACGAUGAUAGCUGUCGAUGAUCCAGUAACCGAGGGUCCCAGCAUCGAAUCGAAGGAGAUAGGCAGGUCUCAAGGCAUGUACGUUAACUCUCAGUUGGAUGGCAAAGGGUUGCACAUGGUUUUCUCUGUGAUUUUCACUGAUGGAGAAUUCAAAGGAAGUAGUUUGGAAAUUCAAGGGGCUGAUAUUUUUUCAAUGAAGGAUCGAGAAUUUGGAAUUGUAUCGGGGACGGGUUAUUUUCGGUUUGUGAAGGGGUAUGGGAUCAUGGAGACCGAGUUCAUGGACAUUGCUAAUCUUAGAGCUGUUCUUAAGCUCAAUGUAACAGUCAAGGAUUUCUAG